AUGGUAAUCCUGUCCAGGGAAAACCAAACAAUGGUAGUGGGAUUUGUGCUUCAAGGAUUCUCUUCCAUCCUACUGCUAAAUAUUUUCCUCUUUAUGAUAUUUUUUGUGCUCUACAUUUUAACUAUUUCUGGAAAUAUCCUUAUUGUUCUCCUCAUUGUUUUCAAUCAUCCCCUCCACACUCCCAUGUACUUCUUCCUGGUGAACUUGUCCUUUCUGGAGGUCUGCUACACAUCCAACAUCGUCCCCAAGAUGUUGCUGAUUAUCAUAGCUGAACAGAAGACUAUCUCUGUGGCUGGCUGCCUGGCACAGUUCUACUUCUUCGGAUCUCUGGCGGCAACAGAGUGUCUCUUGCUUACUGUGAUGUCCUAUGACCGCUACCUGGCCAUCUGCCAACCUCUUCGCUACCCCAUCCUCAUGACUGGCUCUCUCUGCAUCAGGUUAGCUACUGGUUCUUGGCUCUGUUGCUUCCUCCUUACAGCAAUCACCAUGGUCCUGCUGUGUAGACUAACCUUCUGUGGACGUAAUGAAAUCGAUCACUUCUUUUGUGACUUCACUCCUCUGAUCCAUCUCUCCUGCAAAGACACCUCACUGACUGAGACCAUUGCCUUAGCGACCUCUUCUGCAGUCACUCUGGUCCCAUUUUUCCUUAUCACAGCCUCCUACUCCUGCAUCCUCACUGCUAUCUUAAGAAUCUCAUCUGGCACAGGCCGGAGAAAGGCCUUCUCCACCUGCUCUUCCCAUCUCACUGUGGUCACAGUGUUUUAUGGGACACUGAUUGCCACAUACCUGGUGCCUUCUGCCAACUCUUCCCAAUGUUUGCGCAAAGGGUUCUCUCUGCUCUACACUGUCCUGACACCCAUGUUCAACCCCAUCAUAUACAGUCUGAGAAACAGAGACAUCUAUGAAGCUCUAAAGAAGUUAUUGAGAAAAAAGCCAGGUUUCCUCAGAUGA